CUACAUUCCGCUGCCGUGUGCCGCGGCGCGCCACCAGAUGCUGCUCAACGCUUUCCGACAGGGCUCCGAGGUGACUCACGCCCUCAACACCACCGAUCUCUCCAAGAUCGUGGAGCGCACCUCCGGCUACUCUGGCAGCGACAUGAAGAACCUGAUACAGGAGGCGUGCCAGGGUCCCGUACGAGACCUCUUCCGUACACGCGGCAACGUAACCAACGUGGCUGCAUCCGACCUGCGUCCAGUCAACCUGCGGGAUUUCCAGCUGGCCUCCAAGGCGCAAAAGCGCACGGUUUCGGAUGUGGAGGUGGAGCGGUACGAGAAG